AUGCCGAGAAGAAAAUCCAACAAUCCUGCAGUUUCCCAUCGGCGAGGCGCUACCCACGGCGUCAAGGACGAACACCGAACGCACACAAAAUGGGAUCAUUUCGGCAGAACCGCGUUAGAGGAGGAGCUGAGGAGCCGACCCGGCUUGUACAGGAAAGACUUGAGGAAGCAUGAGAUCGCACGGCUCCUGGCGGACGACGAUAAAGCGAAGAGGAAGGCGGCAAUGCAGCGCAUGAAGGAAAAAAAGAAACAGUUUGUUGCGCGGCAAAAGCAGGAGAAGGAAGAGCAGAAGAAAAAGAAGCGUGAGACGAAAGUACGGGCGGGGAAGGGAGUGCAGCGGGAGACACAGAAAGAAGCUGGAGUGGAAAUCAGUCAUAACAGCAGCGAGGAGGAACAGGUUGGGGGUGCUGAGAAAUUCGGGGAUGUCCUGGAGGACGAGACGACAGAGAGCGAAACUCACACUCCGGUGUCGGUAGCGUCGCCCGUUUUCACAAACUCCCGGUUGAGACUUUUUGAAUGGCCAGACCAAGACCUACCGCCGUCGGACGCGCCGCAAUCGCUCUACGGCGUCCAAGGCGAACAGGAAAUUCAGCCUUAUUCGAUACCGUACGCCGUCAUGGCUCUGGUCACUACGCUUACCGAGGAGACCAUCCAACUGCCUGGGAGCACAUAUCCCGAUGGAAUAGGGGCUGAGUUUGUUCCUAAGCUAACGCAAUACGUCAUGAACGCUGCACGGAAUGGCGUCCUGGUAGGCACUCUUCGCAAGGCCGUGAUAGAGUCCGGCGAAUCCUGGACUGAGCGUACACAGGUGCAGUGGUGGAAUGGCAGGAUGUACUUUCGGCUGCCGCCGCGGACCUCUACCGCUCCAUUGCCAAGUAUCAGAGGGAGAAAAUUAAAGUCAACCAAAGUCAAAACAGGGCGAACUCCGCAAACUCAAAGAGACAAACGGUUGGAGAUGCUCCAGAACUACGCAAGCUCGGAGUAUCGACCUCCAAUCGGCUUCUCCCCAGUCUUCCUCGAAUAUCCCGAUCCUCACGAUGACGAUGUGAACGGGCCCCGUACACUAGGAAACCUCUUCUACAUUCGCUUCCCGGGCAUGGACCUCCCACACUACUACUUCUGGACGCGUCCGAACGAGUGGCGCGAUCCCACGACUCCUAAUCCGGCCUGGUUGCCUGCCAAAACCCUGGACGAUGCGAUGGAACAUGGUGACUCGCUUGAGCGGGAUAGAGUGUUGCAUGAGGACGACACCAAACAGCUGUGCGAUCGCCGAGCUAGUCACGCAGACAGACUUCGACCGUACGGACUCGAAUUGAACCAAAUCCGCGUCAAAAAGGAAGGCAUGCAGAGGAAGUUUCAUUGCUCUCCAAGGAGGCUAUCGCCCAUGUCUUCAAAAUUCGAUGCUGCUGUGCGGGAUAUGGAGCGCCAGCUCUACGAGGACGGGCUCGCGGCCGUGCUUCAGCGGUGUCGGGAGCAAGCGCUAGAGGAUGGCAAGCAUCAGCAUUGGUAUGUACUCAUCGACAACAUGGUACGGCUGUACCCAAGCGGGGAGUUGCCCAAAACUCCGCCGGUGCACCUCGAUCAGGUUCCACGCAGUUUGGCCGAGAAGAUUGCGUCUAUCUACGUGCCUAAUCCGUCGAGACCGGCUUCUCCUAUACAAGGCGACGAACCGUGGACCAGGAACGACGACGAAUACUGGGACGUUGUCGAAGUACCGAAGGGAUCGCCAUCUGGGUCAGGGCUCUUUGAGACAGAUAUCCAGCAGGAGCUAUUGCGGGCUGCAGAUUCUGACACCGAGCUCCGAGGAGACUCCACCAACAGACGAAGGUUUUCCCAUCGCUCGUCAACUACGUCGAUCCUCGGCGCAAAAAGACUCACCGAACUGGAUGCGUGGGUACAGAGCUUGCAACCUGCCUCUGAGGAGCCAAAGAGGGAGUCAACGGCAAUGAAUAGCACCCCUCUCGAUAAAGCUGUGCGUGCCGCAGAGCGGGAGUGGUGGGAAGGGGUGUUCGAGCAGGCACAAGCAGACGCUGCGGGAGCCUCCAGAUCUCAACAUCGUAGUCUGCGCUCCCACUCCAUCGUCACGGGCGACAACUUCCUCACCAAAUACGCGAUCCCAGGCCAGGACGCGCAGGCGCACUCGCUGUCGGUAGCGGGGCUGAAAUGGCAAUUGCAUACUCUCAUGAACCAGCACCUGAAGCAUGAGACGCAGUGUAGAGUGUGUUUUGAACCGCUUGAGCAGGGCGAUGUUGAGGCUGUGAGGAGACAUUAUCAGAGGCAUUACGAUGAGGCGGACGCGAAGUGUCCAUUCUGUGACAUGGAGUGGGGGAUGCUGGACUCAGAGUGGAAAGCCUCCCACAUUUUCACGCACGACUUCGACGAUUCCGUCCAUCAGCGCCGACGCUCGUCCAUUCCAGUGGCACUCUACAGCAUUCCCCGUCGCCGCAGUCUCAAGGGUAAAGUGCACGAGGUCCGAAUACCGGCUUCCUCAUCGUCACCACAACGAAAGCAAACUGAAAGCAUACCUCCAGAGCGGCGCCGGUCCAAAGUGCACUUCUCUCCAAGAGUCGUGGAGAAGCGUAUUCCCUAUAAUGAUAACAAGCUGGAAGAGGGUGAGGAUGCAGAUGUGAGCGGGGUGGUUGCCCCAAAUCCGCGAAAGAGCAGCCUGAAGAGGGCAGGCAUGGGGAGAAGAUCAUCGGUGUUGGAUAGCGGUAAGGGAACAGAAAGAGUUACGAAGACAAAGAAGAAAAAGGCUGUGAGAACGAACAAGGCCGUACGGACGAGGACUUCAGCCCAACGUCGCACCUCCCUAGAACUCGACCCAACCGUUAUAUCUCCCACUUCAGCCUCAGACCACAUAUCCAGUCCUGAGCUACACCUCAUGCGUCGCAGGCCCAAAAAUCAUCCCGAGGCGGCAUGGGACCCUCGCCGCCACUCAGACAGCGGAUCUAGCCAUGUGCCGAGUCCGUAUCUCCCUCCUAGUAUGAAGAGGUACGAUAAGGACCAUCCUGAUGCGGCGUUUGACCCUAGGAGGUGGAGCACGAGUGGGACGGAGGGUUUGGAGCCAAUUGUAAGGAAGAAGGGAAAGAAGAAGAAGGCCUCAGAGGGUAAUAAGGCGCAAGGAAAGGGAAUGACGAAACCAAAAGCCGCGACUCGGGCAAAGCAAUCGUCUGCUACCGCAACCAAAGGAAAAGGGAAAGCAAAGGUCGACAAGAAAGCCGCUACAGAACGAGGACCUGAUCCUUUCGCCAUAGAUACCUACCUGCACCGCAAAGUCUCGGACUCGGAAGAACCAUACCUUCCAUCUCCCUCCGCGUCUUCGACUACUACGAUAUCAUCUCUGGCUCCUUCUCUCUCCUCCGUAACCGCGCGCAAAGGCAAGGGGAAAGCUAGACCCAAGUCCAAAGCUAUCGAUCCCACAUACAGAGACGCCCCACCGUCGCCUACCACAUCUUCAGAGAGAUCGCCAAUUCUGCGUGCUAGGAGGAGGAACCCCGAUCCGGCAUGGCAGUAUGCGUCUGCCUCAGAGACGCCGUCUCCUGUGGUCAGAAAACAACGGAAGAACAAGAGUGGUGUUUCCGAGAAGAGGAAAAAGCGCGUCACUGCACCUGAUCUCAGCUCUUCCAUCAAGGACGAUUUCGAGCCACAGCCCGUUGACCCUCAGCAAGAAGCCUCAGUGGAAGGCAAGCGUAGCAUCCUGCCACUCAAGAUCCCGUUCCUCUCCAGACUGACUCGCCGGCUAUUUGGAGCUAGCGGGGAGAUGGACUCCUCCUCGACAGCGUCGAACACUAGUCCCAACAGAGUGGAGCAUAUUGAAGACGCGCUGCAAACUCCGGAUGUGGAUGUCAUUGACCCGCCUCCCGGUGUUGCAAGGCUGGCUCCAUCGUUGUCAACAAAAGAAGAUCAACGACGGGGACGGAAGAGCGCGCCAGGAACUCCUACAUCUUCGGCGUCCAAAUCAUCCAAGAAGAGGAAAGCGUCCACCGCACUGUUGGACGACGCUCCUCCGACUCCCAUCUCGGAAGCGAAGAAGCGGAAAAAGCCAAUGCCCAAGAAUGCGCUCCAUAGGCGGUCCUCUAUUCUACCAUUGGAUGUAGAGAGCAACUCAGGCGAUGACGAUGCAGCUGAGGACGGCGUGAACGGAGGAAAGGCAUUAGAUUCGCAAAACAAUUACCUCGCUUUCUCGGACGGCUAUCUAGCACACGACUCCGACGAUCAGCUUACCGGAAACCCUUUCGCUUCUACACCGAAGAGGGAAGUAAAAUCGAGUGUGAAGAAGAAAAAUACGCCGUCCAAAACCCGCAAUACUAUUCAUGCGCCGGAUCCCGAUACGCCCACUCAAAGACAGGUUAUGAAAAGCACGCUCUCCGGUCGCCCGUUCGUCGAACCGUUGAUCAUCGCGCCAGCUCAACGUCUAGGUCUAGGGGCAAGAAGAGCCAGACGUGGAGUGCACCCUCCGGCCGCUGAAUUACAGACACCUACGCCGACUCCGACGCCUACUUCAGGAGCCUCUGCGACCACCCGCGUUCCGGUCACUUCAACAGAUAGGGCCCUGUCUUCUGCGUCACAACAAUCUCCUUCGUCGCCGCGAACGGGACGACGCAUUCCACGCACCAUACGCUCAAAUGGGGCUGCGGUGGCCUUACCCAAAGACGACGAAGAACAACAAGCAUUGCCACGAUGGCGUCGGUCAGCCGCGCCAUCUCCUUCGUCUUCCUUAUAUCUCCACACGUCAAAGUCUCGAGGGCGACAGAGUCAGAUUCAACGUCACCCUCAGCUUCAGCCUCCACUGCAGAAUCCGCUGCCGUCUCCCUCGCCCACAAUCGCUGCUUCAUCUACUCAACCGACUCGAAGAAUCACACGCAUCCAAACAAAGGCGCAGACAGGUCCCGGUACUCAUGCCACACCCGUCAAGCGUCCCUCAUUCGACGUACCCUACUCGGAUCCGGCGCCCAUCGCCCCGCCCAACACUCCCGCCUUGGGUAUGGGGGCUUUGGGCCAGCUAUGGAGAAAGAACAACAGUACGAUUGUAAGGGCGAGCGUUGGGUUGAGCAGAGGUGCUGGUGCCCUGGUGGGGGGAAGCAAUGCAGGAACAAUGGGUAGAGUUAGGAAGUCGUCAAAGGAGCCCAAUCGACCUGAAGCCCUGCCCUUGACACCUCUACCCGACCAAGGCGGUGUGCUUGAGGCCGUCAUAUCCAGCAUGCUGAAGGCCCCGGUCGAGGCACCUGUUGGUCUGGGCAUCACGCUCGUGCCUUCUCCUCUUGACGCCGGAGCUCUGACGGAGAAGAUUGGAAGGGUGAAGAAGACCACGAGGGGGGGAGCUGUCGUGAGCAGUCUGCCUGCUGCGGUUGGUGCUCGUGGUGCUGCCGUUGAUGUGUCGUCUAGGAAGCAAGAAAACAGAAGACCGGAUGGGAGAGGGAAGGGAAGGGGAAGUAAUGAGAAGAUUGACAAGGUGAUCACUGGGAGGGUGGAGAAGAAGACGGGAAACCUGACCCAGUCGAAGGCGAGAGGGAAUACAGGUGGGAAUACAGGUACCAGGGCAGUGGCGAAGGCAAAUUGUGAUGAAGCCGUAUCCCAGCUGAAGAGAGGAGGAGCAGAGACCAAGGUGAAAGGUGUGGCGAGGACGGCCAAGUUCACGGAAUGUGAUGGCAACAACCGCAGGAAGGUAAUAUCUUCUGUUGUCACGAGAAGUAUGGCGAAGCGCAGGUAG